AGCGGUGACCACGCCCCCCCGAGCGUCUGUGCUGGUACGUCAUCCUGUGCGCACACGGAAGUAGCUUUAAACCAGAAAACUUCGGGUCUUGCGAGAGUUGGUCUGUGUUGUGUGUUCUCUCCGUGUGUGUAACAGCUCUCGCUUCAUCUGUCUGUCAGGAUGGUUGUUCUCUCCAAAGAGUAUGGACUUGUGGUGUUGACGGGUGUUGCCAGUAUGGUCAUGGUUGGGCAUCUGGCCAUCAAAGUUGGCAAAGCUCGCAAGAAGUACAACGUGCAGUAUCCUCAGAUGUACAGCGAUGACCCUGAAACCGGAAACAUUUUCAACUGUAUCCAGCGUGCACACCAAAACACCCUGGAGCUGUACCCUGCCUUCCUCUUCUGCCUGGCUGUUGGUGGUUUGAAUUGUCCACAUGUAGCCAGUGGACUUGGAGCUGUAUGGAUCAUUAGCAGAGAGGUGUACGCACAUGGGUACUCUACAGGAGAUCCUAAAAAGAGAAUGCGGGGAGGGUUUGGCAAUGUGGCUUUGCUCGGGAUGAUCCUGACCACAGCCAACUUUGGCCGCAACCUGUUGGGUUGGACGGGACCACGGAUGGGGCCUUUCUGUAAGGCGCACUCUUGCUGUUGAGGACAGCGACCAAGCCUGGGUUUUAGUAAUGAUUAUAACAAUAAAUACUCCUCUACAUAACUAAUGUAUGUAAUGUACCUUGAAGCAUGCAUGCUAUAACCUCUCGUCAGGGAGCCGUUGACAAGUGACCUGACCGGUUCUCGCUGAGGGAAAACGCCUCAUCUGCUCCAUGUGAGAUCACAAGUCAGUUUAUAUUUCAAAGCAUUUUUACCUGCUUUCCGGUUUUGACAAGUUGAAUGAAUUGGCCAAAGAAUGUAUCUUUUGUAAUAAACAAAUGAAGACGAUGUUAUAAAAAGGGACAUUUCAGGCACGUUUGAUGGACAGAAUAAAACCUUAUGUUUUACCUUUUGUCUGGCUGAAAAAAGAAAUGAAAAUGGUUAUUUAAAAGAAUGCGGGUGUCGUGUAAGAAAACUCAAACAUAAUUCCAAUCACAAUCAUUAUCGUAGUUAUUUUUUCAUGAUAAAGUCUCAUGCUAUUAAAUAUGACACAUUGGUUAUGAA